AUGGACAACGUGACGCUGCCUCGACGCGCGCGUCCUCACAUCACCACUAGCAACGCCUCAUCUUCAGUCCUAUCCGACUUUCCGCCCGCGCAUUUAUCGCAUGAUGAACGCCAGCCUACAGUGAUACUCAAUUUCCCCUUCCCUUCUUUCAAAGUGAACCUCACUCCCUCUGCGCAUCAUCCAGCCUCAUCACAUACCUUCCACCUAAACCACAAGAUGGCGACCGAUUACAGCAAGAAGACCAACGCUGAGCUGGUCGAGAUCCUGAAAUCACGAUCGCUUCCUCACACUGGCAAGAAGGCUGAACUGGUUGCCCGCAUCCAGCAGGACGACGAGAAGACGUCCGCGGGAGCUCCAGCCGAGGCCGUUAAGCCCGACGCUGCCGCCGAAGAUGUCAUUGACUGGGAUGACGAUGUCCCCGCUGAGUCGGCCAAGCCGGCCACCGAGGCUGGUGCGCAUGCCAUUGCUGCUGGCGGCAAGGGUGCCGUGGCCAACCCGGUGGCUGUUCCGAACCAGAAACUCGACAUCGAUCCCGCUGCGACCAAUGACCUGAAGGUGGAAUCCACAGGCGGUGCUGACGCUGCGGUUGCAACCGAGGCUGAGAAGAAGCCGGCUGUGGAUUAUACUCAGGGCCUCCCGGCUACCGAACUGGAGGCCGAACUGGCGAAGCGCAAGAAGCGUGCCGAGAAGUUCGGCAUCGUUGAGGACGAGGAGACUGCUCUGAAGGAGGCUGAGAAGCAGUUGGAACGGGCGAAGCGGUUCGGCACCGGAGGUGGAGCCGAGGCCAGCUCCAGUGUGGGUGUCAAGGGCCUUGACGAGGCCCUUCCCGACGAACGGUCCCGCAAACGGGCCCGCAACGACCAAGGGGGCCGUGGAGGCAAGCGACGCGAUAUUGGUCGCAACCGCAAUCGCCGUGGAGAUGGAAACCAGAACCGCAACGGCGGCGACAACAGUGGAAACAGGGGAACCAGCGGGCAGAGCACACAGCCGAAGAAGAGCUUGAACGAGCAGGACCGCCAGGCGAUGGAAGCUCGCAAGAAGCGUUUUGCGGCUGCCGCUUGA